GGAGCUGCAGUUGCUGAUGUACAAGCAGUUGAAGUUACAGGCAAGCGUGCCUGGGAGCAGUCUGGGAAAAAGUGGGGAAGAAAUCAGUGAAAACUGGAGGGUGGGUGGAAGGAGAGUGGGGAAGAGAGCGUGGACUUUCUGUGGAUACAGAGGAAGAAGGAAAAAGUGUGGAAGGCAGGAAAGGACAGGAGCUGGAUAACUUGCAUCAGGAACCAUGGCUGUUGGACGUCAGCAGUCCUCUCACCUGGACCCUGAAAUACCCCAAAAGUACUGCAAAUGUGAAGGGACAGUGGCAAAAGAGUCGGCAGAACUUGGAAUGGCAAAAAAUCUUAAAAAUCUUCUUCCAUGGAGUGACGUCAUAGAGAAAGGAACUGCCAAGGAGGAAAAACAAAGUCCAUCUCUAUACAUCUCAAUCAUUGCACAACCUGAGUGUGAGAAUAAUCAUGAGAUCUGCCCAAGUUUCCAGCAACAUCAAAUUUACAACACUGACUCCAAACAGUACAGUCACUUGAACAUUGAGCACACUGCCAAUAAUGUGGUGAACUCAACCGAGGGGAAGCCAUCCCAUCAGUCAAAGCCUCCACGAAUCAAAGGGAAGAAAGCAAAGCGAAAGAGAAAACAGAAAAAUGGUUCUCAGAAUCCAGAACAAAGAGGGCAAAGGAUUCCUGAGCAGGAGUGUCGGGCCCCUAUCCCUGUUCAGGAUGAAGAGUCCCAGCAGAGCCUGGAAAGUCUAAACGUUUGGUGGACAGAUGCGAAGCAGAAGACGUCUGGUUUAAAAGAAAAACAUCCCACAAUAUCUAAUGAACAUCCACUGCAAGACCUCUGUCUACUUAAAGAUGAUCGACUGAAAGAACACCAUAAGCUUAUUAACCUUAAACAAUGCAUAUACCACAUAGGAGGUGGGAAACUACCACCAUCAGCUGCUCUCCAUGUCCCACCUCUAGACAGCUUAAGUAUUUCUGAAUUUCUUAAAACCUUGGGGACAAAGAGUUCUUGCGAUUUAGACUAUGGAGAGACCACAAGCCCAGAGUAUGGCUCCCCCAAGCUCAUAAGACCUUAUGAAGACCCAAAGACUGAUUCUGUGGAAGAAUGUAUGUUUGAAGCUCUGAGAGGCAGUGUGAGCAUGGGGGAGCCUAAAAGCCUGUCCACCUUCGCCAAGGCCUGGAACCAAGAAGCAGAUGAUGAGAAUAGAGAAAUGGAUACUGAAGGGGUCAUACUAACAGAGAAGCUGAAGACAGAGGAUUAUGAAUACAAGGAAGGCAUUCACUGGACCAAAGACGGAGAAGCUCUUGGGUCUGGAUCCUUUGGAGAUGUGCUUCCUGCAAAGGAUGAGCAAACUGGAGUCAGAUUUGCAGUUAAAAAGAUACAUCAGAGUAGAUUCCGGUCCCAAGAACUGACUUCGUGCCUUUGGGUCUCAUCCCCAAAACUUGUCCCAGUGUAUGGAGCAGUCCGGGAGGGACCUUGUAUCAAUGUAUUUCUUAAGCUUAUGACAGGAGGUUCCUUGGGACAACUCAUCAAGUUAAAUGGGUUUUUACCAGAAGAUCGGGCCCUUUACUACCUUGGGCAGGUACUGGAGGGCCUUACACACCUUCAUGCCAAAAGCAUUGUGCAUGGAGAUAUUAAAGCUGACAAUAUUCUCCUGUCGGAAGAUGGCAAUGAAGCAUACCUGUCUGAUCUGGGGCAUUCUGCUUAUCUGCCCAUGGAUGGUUCCAAGAAGCAGCUUCUGACAGCGGACUAUGUUCCUGGGACAGAGACACACAUGGCCCCCGAAAUAGUACGGGGGGACGACUGUGACACAAAGCUGGACGUGUGGAGCUCCUGCUGUAUGAUGCUUCAUAUGCUGAAUGGCUGGCACCCAUGGAGCCGAACUCACGCACCUCCGCUGUGCCUGAAAAUCGCCACUGAGCCACCUCCUGUGCAGGAGAUACCCCCCACCUGUGACCCUCAAACCUGUGAGGUUAUUGUAGAGGGUCUGGAAAAAGAUCCAGUCAGGAGAGUGACGGCAGCGCGGCUACAGGAGAAAGUGCAUUUGGCUUUGCAUAAAAUUGGGGGUUUGAAAUCUCCAUGUAAAUCUGAAUACAAAACGCCAAGGAGCUUCCCAGAUACCACAUUACCCCCCAGCCCUGUAAGAGCAACUGAAAGCCCUAUCUCCAAGCAUGAACCUGCCUUGAUCGAUACCAGGCCCAGCCCCAGUCCCAACAAAUCGAAACCAGAGUUCAUUAAGGAGAAGACAAUCAGCAGCCUGACUGACAGCAGCGCAGUGCGGCCAAAUAUCUUGCCUAGGAAGGAAAUCCAGCAGAUGGAAAGAGAAUAUCUUCUCACCAAUCUGUUCCUGGCAAGUUCCCUGGAAGAACAGGAGCAAAUGUUGUCCUGCCUAAGUGAGGACAACCUGGAUCUGCAUCGCAGUCACAAGGACUCACUACAUACUUUUGACACAGCAAGCUCUGGAAUUUAUUCUUGGGACAGCGAGAUGGAUCCACUGAGUCUCAAAAGUGACUCCCUUAACCAUGAAGGGGUCACAACCACUCCCAGCUGGUUCAACGGGUACAAGGUUCAGCUGCAAACGCUGAGUGGGGAGAAGCUGCACAUCUGGGAAUCUGGAAGGACUAAACUUGGAGAUCUGGCCUUGGGCAUUAGCAGUCAGAUCCCGCUGCAGUCGUUCACAAUAUUGACCCCAGAAGGAAAGCCAGUUCCAUGGAGCACAGAUAUCGCUGACUGUGGAAUAUAUUUGCAGUGUGCAUUAGCCCCGGAUCGUGGUGGGGAUUGGAUCUGGCGAGUGAUGAGAGGAAGACUGGAGCAGGGACCCACAGGAGAGGUGUAUACAGGUGGAGGCAGUGGUGGAAGUCCCUGCAAGAAAGAAGAGGUCUUUCCAAACACAGAACAUCCAGUCUAAGAUUGUCUUUCCCACCUUGUACCUCAAUUGACCAUUGAAAGACACAAUUAUGGUUUGCAGCACUUUGGGAAUCCACAAAAAUGAAGUCCAUUUUACACCAAUAGCAAUUUUUCUUUCAUCACUCAAAGGGAAUGUCCGAUUGGUUGCUGAGGUUUAAUCCCUAUUAAAAUAUACUGAUGUUUUAAACCCACUCCUUUCCCCUUAGUGAUCUCAAAAUACUAAAGGCUUUAAGGCAAUGAAUUCCAUCAUUCUCAAUGGAAGGUCCAAGCACGAGAGGCUCUAGAAAUUGCAUGAGGAGUAACCAGAGGAAUGGAGGCAAAUAACAAUAAGCUCAAAAGCACAUUAAAAAUUAUAUUUAGGUUUUCUUAAAUGGUUUUAUGGUUUUAGCCGAUACUCAGUGAUUUUAGGUGAUUGUUCAGCAAGCAUUCUACCAUUUUCCAUGACUAUCAGCCCACCAGUAGCUACGGUUUUAUAAGCACCACCAGUCUUAACCGGAUCCCUUUGUGAAGAGCCAAUGUUCGAGGGGGACAGGUUUCUAGCUAAGGUGAGGUGAACUCCGAUGUCAACGUUAGCAUUAGUAUUUCCACUUAGACCUAAACAAGCCUAAGAGGCAACUGUGCAUUAACAUAUUUUCCCGAUGCAUUAUGGGCAGAGUACCUGUCCUCUAAAGAAGAGCUCACCCCAUUAACAGCCAAGUAGUGAGAGCUACGAGUGGCUUAGAGUAUAAAAUACACAGAUAUAUACAUUUUCCUAGCUAUGCACCCAGUUACUGAAGUGAUGCUGAAAUAUAAUCAAAUCAAUGUCAUUUUAUAUCAGUGUUUUAUGGUUCUACAUAGUAAAAAACGUUUUAAAACAAA